UAACCCUUUAACGUCCAACGUGAAACAUAAAAACAUUGAAACAUGCGCUCUUUUAUCGCGAUUUGUAUUCUAUGAAUUUUUUUAGAGGACUUUUCUCACUCAGAACGUCUUCUUUGACCCCUUAUGCGUGAAUUUGAUGCAUUUGUAACAUGGAAAAACAAUUACAUUCAUAAAUAAUUGAAAAAAUAAAAUGUUUCACGUUUGGGUCAGCGUAUGACCCAAAAAACCUUAAAGGGUUAAAGAAGAAGAAAUAACGAAAACGUCUUCCGGCCUUUUAAUUUAUUUUCUUGGUUUAUAUUCUGCCAUUAUAAGUGCCUUUUCAUCCAAUAAAUCCAGAAGUUUAUUAAAAAAAAAACUUUUUAAGUAUUAUUUGCAUUGUAAAAGUGGUAAAGAUAGAGUUAAGGUUAUUUAUAUAGACGGGAUUUUUUAAUUUAUUUUUUAGGGAAACGCUUUACAACAGAGUCUGAUUUAAAUUUUCCACAAAGAUGUAUUUACGAAGCCACCGCAAGAGGAAAAUGGAGUUACAAGCAGCCGAAGAAAUUGGAAAAAAAUCAUUCCGGGAAGGUGAAGACUCCAUCCUGCGGCUCAACGAUGAUUGCCUCUGUCACAUCUUCUCAUUCCUCAACCUACAAGAUCUCAUGGUGGCAGAAGAAGUUUGUACGCGGUUUGAAGCUGUGGCACAGCAAAUGUAUAAAUUCAUCAAAAAAUUGGAUUUUGCCACAGACUUGCAAAAUGACAUAACAUCACCAAAGGCAAUUAAAGCUGCUUGCCGUGUGGGAUCUUAUGUUAGCUCCAUAAAGGUUGUUGGCUUUGAAUAUAACAACAAGGAUAUAAAGGAUAAAGUAGACUUUUCCCAAUUCCUAAGGAUGUACUUUACAAAUUUGCAAAAAGUUGUUUUGGGAUUCCUGGAUAUACAAAAAUGUAAUGAAUGUAUUACGAAUUUGGCUGUUGCUUUCAAAGAAGUCAAAGAAGUAGAGUUGUACUCUUGCAAAAUCCCGGACAACAAUCUCAAGAUUCUGUUCCAAAUUGAUCAACUCGAAGUAUUUCAAUGUUAUUACGAUGAUAUACUUGAUGGAACUUUCAUGGAAGGGCUCACGAGGAAUAUCAGGCAGAUAACCAUGUGCGGUUGUUAUAAUGUGAAGAGUGAAAAAUUCAAAAAAUUCUGCAGAGAACACCCAAAUUUGAAGAGCCUCAACAUUUGUUCAUACGGAUGGAUUAAUAAGACAUGCUUGAGUACAAUCGCUGAACAUCUAAAGGAACUGGAAACCCUCCAAAUGUCAGAUUCAUAUUAUUAUGUUUCAAGUGACGAUUACGCCGUUUUGGCGGAUUUACCAAUGCUAAAGCAUUUUAAAAAUUUGCCUAUCCCAGGAAAUUCUUUGGGUAAUUGCAAUUUACUUCUUCAACAAAUAUGCAAACACAAUCAAUUGGAAUCCUUGGCAUGGCGUUACAGACCCAUUGCUCUUGAAAAGGAAAAUGAGACAGCCCUUCGAAAGCUUACUAAACUCAAAGAAUUGAAUGUAUCUGAUUCAACGUGGCUUGUUACAUUCUCGGAUUCCACAUUGGACUCCUUGUCUACAUGCCUGGAGUAUCUUCACAUUUAUGAAUCGAGAAUCUCACUUGAACAUCUUGAAAAGUUUAUCAAGAAGUGCAAAUUUUUAAAACUCCUCAAUGUGCCAUUUUGCCAAGAUAUUAAUGAGAAUUUUAUUCUGCGUAUUCUUCCACAUCUCAAGGAGAGAUCCCACAUGUUGGAACUUGUGAUUUGUCAAUUCAAAACUCUCGAUAAAAUCUCUGUAGAAUUUCGGAGGACCUACAUUGGAAUAAAUUCGUCAAAGUUAAUGAUUACUUUUGAAUAAUAAAAAAUAAGGAUGUGAAUUAAGGGAAUUAUGUGAGAUUAAUGAAAUAAAAUUUACCUAUC